AUGGCGUGGGAAAGACGGGUUAGGAGAUUGAUUGUUGAAGUGGAUUCAGAACUGGUUGUUGGGUAUCUCACGACAGGGAUAGGGGAGUCUCAUCCGCUAUCUUUCCUAGCACGCUUGUGCUAUGGCUUCCUCUCUAGGGACUGGCUAGUCCGGGUUACACAUGUUUACAGAGAAGCGAAUCACGUGGCCGACGGGUUAGCGAAUCAUGCAUUCUCGUUACAGUUGGGUUUUUCUUUCUUUACCUCUGCAACUUCUGAAAUUUCAGUUCUGUUGUUAGAGGAUGGUGGUGGCUCUACAUGA